AUGGCUGACACACAACUAAACAAAACCACAUUUGCUACUCGAGUGAAGCGAAUUUAUGACUCCUGGGCUAAUGCUCAGCAAGAUGAAGAUUAUGAAUCGAUAGCGGACGUAGACGCCUUAUUCUUGAUAGCAGGAGAUCCUACAUCCGAUGAAGAACCUAUGCGUAAAGGGUCCUGCUUCCAGCAAUGGCUUCUUGGUUAUGAAUUCCCUUCGACCCUCUUUCUAUUUCAAAAGAACAAGAUUCAAAUUCUAUGCUCAGCUUCAAAAGCCAAAAUUCUUUCUCAAAUUGAAAACGUGAUAAAAUCGGUCAAUAUCGAAAUAUUAGCUCGUCCCAAAGGAAAAGAUUCCACAAAUGAUGCCCUUCCUAAGUUUCUGGCCGCGUAUGCCUCAUGCAAACGUGUCGGUUCACUCAUUAAAGAGUCACCGACAGGAAAAUUAGUAUCAGAAUGGCAAGGUUUAGUUAAUGAGUCACCAUCCAAACCGGAACUUGUGGACAUGGCACCAGCUAUUUCGGCUUUUUUGGCCGUAAAGGAUGAAGAGGAACUGAAAUGGACUCAAACUGCAGCAAACCUCACAUCUACUCUUCUCAAAUAUCAUGUGGCUCCCAAGUUAGAGUCAAUUCUAGACAAAGAAUCUAAGAUCACUCAUGAUUUGCUUGCUGCUCAAAUUGAGGCAAGGCUUGGUUCUGGGGAGGGGAGCGCGGCAAAAGGCCCUGACAUGAAAGUCUGGGCAAAAGGUAAAGGCCUCGAGAAUGUUGACUGGCCAUCUGUCGAGUUUUGCUACCCACCAAUCAUCAUCUCGAAGUCGUCAAAAUCAGGAUACGAUCUAAGAUAUACCGUGGAAUCUUCCGACGACAACAUUGCUCACAAAGGCGUAUUCUUAGUCAACUUCGGUAUGCGUUACAGGUCAUAUAGCACUAACGUUGGCCGAACCUUCAUCGUGGACCCCAAUCCAGACCAAGAGGCUCAGUAUAAUCUAUUGCUAUCUCUUCAAUCGGAGCUUCUGUCGUUCAUGAAGGACGGCGUUUCGACGCGUGACGCAUACCAACACGCAUUGACGUACAUCAAGAGCCAUAUGCCUGAUCUAGAGAAGUUCUUUGUCAAAAAUAUUGGGUUCGCUACUGGAAUAGAGUUCCGUGAUGCUAGUUACAUUCUUUCCCCAAAGAAUAAUCGCCGGCUGAGAAAAAAUAUGGUGAUCAACUUGAGCCUCGGAUUCUCUGGGCUCACUGACAGUUCCGGCCAAAAGUAUGCCUUAAACCUUGUUGACACCAUUAAGGUCGAAGCUGGAAGGUCGUCUCUUAUGACAGACGGUAAUAAGACGCCGAAAGAUACACUUUUCUUUUUAACUCCAGAUAGUGACGAAGAAAAGCAACAAAAGACAUCUAAGAAGGCGCCAGCUGUCCCAUUAAAAAAUGGUACACCCAUGAAACAGAAGACUGUAGGGGGAAAGGUCCUUCGCAAUCAGACGCGCCGGGCGGUUCAAGAUGAGGUUCAUCAGACUGCGCUGGCUAAGUUGAUUGAACAUCAGCGAGAAUUACACGAGAAUCUUCAAAGUCAAGGGCUCGCUAAAUUCUCCGAAGACGGCGGAGGAUCAAGUGGGAAGGAGGGGAAGGGCUGGAAAAAGUUCCAAAGUUAUAAAGGCGAAGGAGCUUUGCCAAGCGAAGUUGACAGACUACGGAUCGUGGUCGACCGUAAAGCACAGACAGUUAUUUUGCCAAUCCACGGAUUUGCCGUUCCCUUCCAUAUCAAUACCAUCAAGAAUGCUAGCAAAAGCGACGAAGGAGAUUUUACAUACCUUCGCAUCAACUUCCAGACACCAGGCCAAUUAGCCGGGAAGAAGGAAGAUACUCCAUUUGAAGAUCCGGAGGCUACUUUUAUUCGCUCUGUAUCUUACCGUUCUCCUGAUGGACAUCGUCUCGACAAUACAGUAAAGCAAAUAAACGACCUCAAAAAAGAGGCAAACAAACGAGAACAGCAAAAGAAGGAGAUGGCUGAUGUUGUUGAACAGGGUAGCCUGGUGGAAAUUAAAGGAAGACGACCCAUCAAAAUGCCUGAGGCAUUUAUUCGUCCUGCUUUGGAUGGAAAACGACUGCCCGGAGAAGUGGAAAUUCACCAAAAUGGUAUUCGAUACCAGUCCAUGGGCUCGCAGAAAGUCGAUGUUUUGUUCAGCAAUAUCAAACACCUCUUUUUUCAGCCAUGCGAUCACGAACUAUUGGUGAUCGUCCACCUUCAUCUCAAGGCUCCUAUAAUGAUCGGCAAGAAAAAAACCUUUGAUGUGCAAUUCUUCCGUGAAGCCACGGAUGUACAAUUUGACGAAACUGGCAACCGCAAGCGUAAACACCGCUACGGAGAUGAGGACGAAAUUGAGAUGGAGCAGCAGGAAAGAAAACGCAGGGCCCUCCUCAAUAAGGAGAUUAAAGCCUUUGCUGAGAAAAUUGCUGAAGCUGCAUCGACUUCAAACGGCGACACUCUGGAACUGGAUGUUCCUUUCAGAGAGCUGUCGUUCGAGGGUGUACCAUUCCGUACUAGUGCUCGAUUGCAGCCUACUACGGAAUGUCUUGUUCAUCUCACAGACCCCCCUUUCUUGGUUGUCACACUCUCGGAAAUUGAGAUAGCCUCCCUCGAGCGUGUCCAAUACGGGCUAAAGCAAUUUGAUCUGGUGUUCAUUUUCAAAGAUUUCACCAAAGCCCCGUUACACAUUAAUUCAAUCCAAAGCUCCCAAAUGGACGAUGUCAAGAAUUGGUUGGAUUCCGUCGAUAUUCCCAUGAGUGAAGGACCCGUCAAUUUGAAUUGGGGCCCUAUCAUGAAGCAUAUCAAUGAAAGCCCUUUCGAAUUUUUCCAACAGGGUGGCUGGUCCUUCCUCGGUGGUGCUGGAGGAGUCGAGAGUGAAAAUUCGGAAGGCUCCGAUACCGAAUCCGAUUUCGAAGCUGAUUCUGAAGAGUUGGCGGCAAGCUCGAGCAGUGAUGAUGAAAGCGAUUAUGGAGAUUCGGACGCUAGUGGAUCCGAUGAAAGUGGAUCUGACUUUGGUGGAGGAGAUGAUAGUGAUGAAGGUGAGGACUGGGACGAACUCGAAAGAAAGGCUGCCAAAUCCGACCAAAAGAAAGCAGAGGGGAAAAGAGCAGCUGGAUCUGAUGAUUCAGAGGAUGAACGUCCCAAGAAGUCUAACGGAAAGGCUAAUGGGAAGAAUAAAGCCAAGCGCUGA